AUGCGGUGGGUUAAAGAAGGGGACAUGAAUUCCAAGUAUUUUCAUGAAUCAAUUAAAAGUAGAAGAAAGAACAACUUGGCGGCUCUAAAAGAUGGCGAUCAAUGGAUUCAAGGGGUGGAGGAGGUAAAGGGGCACGUGAAGAAUUUUUUUGAGAAUAAUUUCAGCAAGAGGUGGGAGCAUCGGCCAAAUCUCAAUGGGAUUCAGUUUCAAACCCUUUCUGAAGAGGACAAUCUUUUCUUGAUGGCA